AUGACUGUCCCCUCCUGGUGCCUGACCUUCUCGUACGCGCUUUUCGACGAAGCGGGCUUAGACACUGUACGUGACAGCGGGCGCACAGUCCGGGUCGUGGCCUCGGCGCAGGGGGCCUCCAUGACGCUGGCUGAACACUACAAAGGCAGAGACAUCGCCAUCGUUAACAAAGCAGACCUGCGUAUCGGGGAGCUGCAGUGGGGCGACAGUGGAGUUUACUACUGUAAAGUCGUCAUUGCUGAUGAUCUGGAGGGGAAGAAUGAGGCCCAGCUGGAGCUACUGGUGCUUGGCAGGACAGGUCAGAAGGACGAUAUCCUACCUGAGUUUGAUGUGGAGAUUAUGCCAGAGUGGGUGUUUGUGGGAUCUGUAGUCCUGGGCAGUGUCUUGUUCCUCUUGUUGAUGGGGAUCUGCUGGUGCCAGUGUUGUCCUCACUCCUGCUGCUGCUACGUCAGCUGCUGCUGCUGCCCUGAAACCUGCUGCUGUCCACGACACCUAUAUGAAGCAGGGAAGAUGGCAAAGAGUGGACCUCCUCCUCCUCAGGUUCCUGUGUAUCCUUACUACAUCCCUGGUGUUCCUACUGUGGUUCCUCUUGCCCCUCCAUCCCAUGUGGAGCCACAGAUGGCCUCCGUCCCCUCAGUGGAGAAUAACCUGGCUGGAGCCAGCAGCCUCUCGGAGCUGAGCUCUCUUCACGACGGAGGCACGUCAGACUUCAGACACACCUACCAGACGGUGCAGAUGAAGGCGCUGCCGCCCAUCGCUGACCUGGACGACCAGUCGCUGAGAGCGCCUGCACACACACACACACACAACCGCAGGAUGAGACGAGACCGACGCAACCUCUCAGACGACGAGCUCGACAGAAGGUAG